AGAAGCGCUCGUGCCUGGCUACUCGACAACAUCCGCAAUGACUGGUCAUACCCCAACGCUCCUCAUAAUAUCACCGCUUCGGCUGUGGGUUUAGCAGAGAAUCCGCCAAUCGACUCGCGCGAACGCUAUUACAGCGACGGGGAAGACUCCGCUUCGGACAACGAGAACGACAAAGCGACACCAACAUUCGACACUCCCGACUCGGUUGGUACUGUCCUCGAAGAUCGCAAAGCACGAAGACGCAGACGCCGACAGAAGAGAUUCGAGGAUGAGAUGAAAGAGAACAUUGGUCUUGCUCAUUGGAGUGCACAAAGGAAUACUUGGACUGGCGCCCAACCUCGGACACCUGUCAUACAAGAAGCACCACCGAUACAGUCUGCUCCUUUGCGAUCGGAAUCUCCCGGGGCUCCGUCAUCAGUGGCUUCCACUAUCACGCCGCCAGUCGUGAUAGCUGCACUCCCAGACACGGAUCUGAUGGUUCCCGUGGCGCCUCCGCUCCUUCCCGACAACACCGUCCGCAGCCGCAUAACGACCAAUACCUACUCUGAUAUCUACACCAAGAUCGUUCUCCAGAGCCGCACUCCCUCAAUCCCCAUCAACCUCACAGAUGUCACCCGGAGUCUGGUCCAUGGCUGGAAAGAGGAAGGUCAAUGGCCACCGAAACCUACACCUGCAGAGCCAAGUCUGGUCAAGAAACAUGGUCAUCCCAAC